AUGUGUGUCUUCUCGUCAUGCGGACAAAUCGUCUUUGGCGUUGUGAUGAUCGGCUGCCUCGUAUUGACUGCCAUACCGACAUUCAACGGAAAACUGUUCUCAUGGAAGUGUCUGAACGAUCUGAAAAACUGUGAUCCAUUUGAGAAGGCACAGCACGGAUACAUGAAAACCGUUGCCAUCUUCAUGGUUCUAGCUCUGGCAUUCGAGAUAAUAUCAUUGAUUUGGAAUCUUAUCGCUUUCUUCGCCUGCUGUUGCAAGAAGUUCAUCGUUCACCCGCUGACGAUACUAUCUUUCCUUACAACGGCCUUUCUACUCGUUGCCGUCAUUGUCUAUGCAGUGAAUAAUAAAGGAGAUCUGGGUAAGAAAAACAUUUUCCAUUUUCACCUAUCCUAG